GUGGAUUUCGGGACCAAAAAUAGUAAGUUUUCACGUUAAUUUCCGCAAGUUUAUGAACUAAAUUUGCGUUGAAAUUGGACAGUAUUCUCUUUGCAGUCGAAGGUUCAGUUCAAAUUUUGUGAAGUUCAUCAACAUGAAGUAUCUUAAUCAACAAGAAGCGAUCAGUGUUGACGAAGAACUGUUCAACGAUUACAAGUUCAGUGUUGAUCAGUUGAUGGAGCUGGCGGGUUUGAGCUGUGCACAUGCCAUUGCCGAUGCCUACAGUUCCACAAGCCUGAAAUCAAACAAAGUACUAAUUUGCUGCGGCCCGGGCAACAAUGGUGGCGAUGGAUUAGUUGCAGCUAGACAUCUUGCACUGAUGCGGUAUGAGCCCUACGUUUACUAUCCAAAAAGGACGGAAAAGGAGUUAUUUAAAAAUCUCCAGCAUCAGGCUGAGUCAAUGGGCAUCACCGUUUCUUCCAACUGCCCGGAUGCAGCUUGGGUGGAGAAUGAGUUCGGUCUGAUUGUGGAUGCGCUGUUUGGCUUUAGCUUCCAACCACCAGUCCGUGAAUCUUUCGUGCCCAUAAUGGCAGUUUUGCAAAAGUCUGGCCUUCCCAUCGUUAGUAUCGAUAUACCGAGCGGAUGGCACGUGGAACAGGGACCUCUAUCGGACAGCGACAUUAGGCCUGCAUGUCUUAUAUCCUUGACCGCCCCAAAAUUGUGUGCCAAACAUUUGGCUAAUGCGAAACAUUACCUAGGAGGACGUUUCGUCCCAAAGCGAUUGGAAGAAAAAUAUGCCAUGGACUUACCUAGCUACAAAGGAUGUGAUCUUUUUGUAAAGCUUGACUAAAUAUCAUUUACAUGGAAUUUAUGAAAUAGAACAGAUUGAAGGAUAACUCUUUAUUUCAAAAUAAAUAUUAUAUAACAUUCAUUAAAAUCGGUGAAGCCAUUAAAC